AUGUCUACCCUCAGCUCUGAGUAUCUGGCUGAGAAAAGUUUCCCGUCAAAGCCCAGAAAUUCACUCGCCUCUGAUGAAGAAAUAUUUCCGGUACACGGAACAGAGAGAGACUCAGUAGACGAGACGUGUGGUAUCAACACUCCGGACAGUGAUUUAAACAACAGGAAGAACGGCGACGACAGAGGCGACGACACAGGAGACGACACGGCCAACAUUUCAUCUAGUGACGAUGACGACGACAGCUACACCGACGCCGUUGAGGAUUUCAUCUCCACAGAAACAACGCAAGAAUUCACCGCCGAAUCGCAUCGCUCACCGGAAGACGACCAGUCACAGAAUUUAUCCGACGCAGACGUUUUGGCGAAACUUCGAGAAAAAGACGUCACAGUUCCUGCUCACCUGAUGGACAACUUACAGUCCAUAGGCCUGGCUGACCUUGACCGUCUCGAGCGGCUGGACAAGACUAACCCAGGGUUAAAACGAUUAAUCAUGCGCACAAGGCUGACGGGGUAUGAGGUGAAGACUGUGGCAAUAGACCCGGAUAUCAAGUCAAACGUCAACGAGUUUCUCAGGACAAAUAUUGCAGGCAAUUUUAUCAUAUCGAGGGUACUACGAGAGAACUACGCCACCUUCUACGCUUGGCUGUCUGCCCACAUCCAAACCGAACGCAACGCGUGGGCGGUCCGGCUCAAACGAGCGCUGGAGCUGACGGAGAAGCAACGAAAGAUAAACCUGGACACCGGCGACCACGUGAUCGACACGGCCUUGACCUUGAAAGCGCUGGUCCAGUGCUGCAGCAUAGCGGCCAUGGGGGCGGGCACGCAACCGCGGACCUACAGCUCCGAAGAACCGAACCAAACUCCCGAUGACGUCAUCAAUCCUAGAGUACCACAGCGGGUCAGAACGAUCCCCUCACAAAAGGGGAGCUCAUCCCUCGAAACAACUUCUGACCGCCCCACCAGAUCGUUGCAUCACUACGCAAGUGUCCCUGAUAUCAGAAGCACGAAAAAUCAAAACCACCCGGCGUCUUUCUCAAACGAAGACACCAAACAAGGAACGACUAGAACGGCGUGUAAACAAACACUAUCUACUACAACUCACACUACAAACAGAUGUAGCGAUUCUAAACUUUACCAGUCUACAAACCACAUCAUCACCAACACUGCCGACAUUCCUGUAGAAGAUUACAACAACGUAGACUGGAAACAAAUGACACGUGAAUGCAUGGAACAAAUGCAAGAAAUAUGCCAUACGUUUAUUUCAGAGAGAAAAAAAUGCUUGAAGAUGUUGAGUAUAAAACCGCAACAAUACACAAGUCUAGAAGAAGCGCUGGCGGCUUAUAUUCAAGACAGGAACGCGAGCAGCAACGUUAAGAAGAGGGAUAUAGAAAAACGGCUGAUGGCUUUGGAGAGCGAGAACCGGAAGUUAAUCGAAGAGAUGACGGCACUGCAAGGCACGCUACUGGAGAAACAGAACAACGCGCUGAACCUUCAACAGCAGCUGGGUCACCUAGAGAACAUCCUGACAAAAGACGCCCGGGUGCUGGUCAAUAAAUGUGUAGGGACAGAUGAAGUCAAGCCUGGUGUUAAAGCUGUACAACAGUCGUCUAACUGGAGCGAUAAACUUGCCGUCAGCAGUAACGGAAGUAAAAUUACCGUUAUAAGUCCAGCUGAUAAAAGUCAUAACAGGAGGGUGAGUAGAUCAAAUAAGGAAUUCAAACAUGCAAGUGGUCAGUUUGAAGUUGUGGUCAGUGAUAAGACGAGUAGCCGACCGGCGAGUGACGAUAGAGGAAGUAGUGAUACGUCUAGUGAUAAAACAAAGAACACUAGGGAAAGAUCGUUGAUUGAGAUAUCGGAAGAAAAGCUAAGGAUGUUGAAAGAAAGAGCCCAGAAGCUUGAAGAUUCACUGCACGACGCUAUAUCGAGUAUGUCAAAACAAGGCCGAGAGAGCGAAUUACCGUCAAACCUGGCGCCGCUAAACACCAAAGGUUUAAACAACGGUGCUGAUGAUCACAGAAGACUUCAGACCAACAGCGUCGCGCCUAGGAUAGUGGUCAUUAAAAGACCGUUGUCCAAUCAGAGGCGCAGUCGAUCAGAGACGCUUCUACUUGACACUGAAUCGACUAGCCUACUCAGCGGUCGCUCGGUCAAUCUCACGACCCAUAACAUGUCCGACAGGUCACAAGUCCAGUCCUGUCUGACCAUCGUGCCAGGUAAAGGCGACACGUCGUCCAAACAACUCAUUAACGAGACGAAAAACAAUCUACAAAUGCCCAACGAAACAGACCAACAAGAGAAUACUAGUAAGGAGCAAUCACCGCAGAAGAAAAAAACGCCAAGGAUUAUCUCGCGUUACCGUGCGGCGGGUGGAGGGAUGGUGUCGAAAUGCUUGCGGUGUCAGAAGCUGUUCAGCGCCGUGGACAACCACAAGCUCGCCUGCUACUACCACACGAAAGAGAAGGAGCGGAUAGAACACUACGACCCGUCGGGGAAGCUCGUCAGAGUUAUGUACGCUUGGAUGUGCUGUCGGCAACCUCAGGAAAUAGACGGCUGUUGCUAUGGGCAACAUAUCUGAGCAGACGAUUCAUUAAUUAAAACUUUAAUGAAAGUAAAUAUAUUAACAAAUUCUGUCAUGG